AUGUCAAACAUAAUCCAGACCACUACACAUCUCGGUGAAAUCCGCGGGAAAACCACGAAUGGUGUCUCCCAGUUUUUGGGAAUCAAGUAUGCCACCUUGAAGAACAGACUUGCAGAUGCAGAACUAGUCGAAAGGCGCGCUGGAGGCGUUCUUGACGCAACUAAAGAUGGGCCCACCGCGAUAUCACCUCUCGGUGGUUGUGACUUGGAACUCAGCGCGAUUCAACACACCCUACCCAAGAAGGAACUCACCCAGUCGGAUGUGGACUGUCUGAACCUGAAUAUUGCUGUCCCUGCAGGCACUUCUGCGCAUUCGAAACUUCCCGUUUUUGUCUUCAUCCAUGGCGGUGGUCUCAUGAUUGGGGCGAAUUCCUGGCCUCAGUUUGACUACGAGCGUUUCGUCAAGUUGUCCAUUGAAAAUGAACUACCAAUUGUUGCGGUAUCAAUCAACUAUCGUCUAGGACCAUUUGGAUUCUUGACUUCCGAUGAACUGCGCAACGCUGGGUAUAAAGCCAACAAUGGGCUGCGAGACCAGAGGGUGGCUUUGGAAUGGGUACGCAGGCACAUUGCAGACUUUGGAGGGGAUAUCGAAAACAUCACUGUCGCUGGGAUGAGUGCUGGAGCAGCCUCCGUCACAUUCCAUCUCGACUCCGAAACACCGCUAUUCAAACGCGCUAUUUUGAUGAGUGGCUCUCGGUUCUUUGUCCAGGCUCUGCCAUACGACGUGCACGAGGGCAACUAUCAACAUGCGGUGUCGGCACUUGGAUUGCAAAAUGCUACAUCGGACGAAAGGAUCAAGGCCUUCUUGGAAACACCGGGCCAAGAUCUGCUUGCUAAACUUCCUCCAUCUGUCUUAACUGCUCCCGCGGUUGAUGGAGACAUGGUUCUGUCUGCCGUAACAUAUGCGCAGGUAGCUGAUCAGACAAGCGAUAUCCCCAAGGGAAAACAGUGGUGUCGCGAUUUAUUGAUUGGUGAUGCCCAGUAUGAUAUCAAUAUUCUCGCUAUCCUACUACCUCAUUUGAAGAACGCAUGUGCAGGGCGAUUUGCGAAAGCCGUUCACUCCGUCUUUCCAACCAAGCAAGAACUGGCGACACAGAUAUUGGCAGGAUACGGGUUGACUGCCGAAACUACGGACGAUGAGGCUUUCCCUGCGGUUCUCAACUACCUUAACGAUAUAUUCAUAUUGGCGCCAACGCUGACAUACACGCGUGGGUGGAAAGGGCAUUCAAAUGUCUACUACUUCAACGAGGGAAAUCCUUGGGAUGGACCUUGGAAGAGCAAGGCUGGCCACAUAUUGGAUGUCGCUUACCUGUUCCAGAAUUUUAGAGAGUUUUUGACUCCUCCGCAGCAGAAGAUAGCAGCUGCGUUCGCAGUUGAUUUCUUCAAGUUUUGCCAUGGCAUUAGACCAUGGCCUGCUGUGAUAGACGGCGACAUCGAGAAAGGAUUUACGGCGCGAGUCUACGGGCCCUCCUCUGAGGGAGAGACAGUUGCACAAGUAGCUCAAGCCUUUGGUGACCACACCCGACGAAGGCCGGUUUUAUUCGAUCUAUCUGACGGAGCGUCCUUGGAUGAACUGGCAAGGGUCGCUGCCGUAUUUAUGAGAACUUAG